CCUCCUGCUGUCAUCCGAUAAAAAUUAUCAACAAACAAACUCGCCCGCAAGGAUAUUCAAGCUUUUCACAACUUCAACUAGGUUUUCACCAUUUUCCACACAAAAUCACGCCGGUGCAAUGUUUACGGUAGUCCCUUCGAGAUUUGCUGGAUUAAAAAUCGAAGACGAUGACGAUGGGUUUCGGAAACCGAAGCAAAAAUCAAAAUCAACUGCGAACGCCAAACCCAAAACGGCAUCCGUGAAAAACACUCCUGCACCACAAACUUCUCAGCAGCAAACAAAGAAACCUAAACCAAAACCUCCUAAAACCAAACCUACUAAUGAAACGCUACAAAAGGAACAGUGGUCGGAAUGGCAACAAAAGGAUACGGAGCUGGUAGAGAAAUCGUACGUGAACGAUCUCGAGCAAGCACUACUCCUUUCGAAACUGGAUUUCGAGGCAAACAAAUCCAAGUACAACCAGCUGGAAAAGGAAUCCAAACAGUCCGGGGUGAAAGAUAAAAAACCAAAAGCUUUGUCUUUACAAGAAUUCCAAGAGAAAGUCAGCAAAGAAUUGAAUGAGAAGCAACAACAGAAGAAGCGCCAGCAGGAGGAAGCAGAGUACAACCGAAACUACACGUUCUUCGAACAAAUUGAUCUCGAAACCAAACAAAUACUCAACAAAGAGCAGUUAAAGAUGCUGUUAAAACAAAAUAAUGCUCUAUCUGCAAAGGCCAAAGAGUCUCCCAAGAAGGAUGUUUCACCGGUAGCGGAACCAUCGCACAGCGAAUUAGAUCUGCUUAAAAUGGAAAAUAUGAAUCUGAAGGAAGAAAUCGCGAUUCUACGUGAUCGAUACAAAAAGGUGAUCGCAAUGCUUAAGAAUGGAGAAAUGAAAGAGAAAACGGAGUUGAUGAUCGAAAUCGAAAAGCUACGAAAAGUGCAGGAAGACAUGACGGUAGAAAUGACCGCGCUCUAUGGACAACUGGAGCAAGCCAAGUCUAAAACGAACCAGGAAGCGAAGGGAAAGGAAAAACCAACCAAUCGCUAAUCACAAAAAUUCGCUCGAACCAACAAACCAAACGAAGAAUUCCUAAUUUAAGACAGUAUUCCUUUCCAUUACCAUUAAGAUCUCCACUAAAGAAUAACAACUGUAGCAGUAAGGAUAGAAUUUGAAUUUCUUGUAACGAACCAUUCUCAGGAUUUGUUCGGUUGAAUGAAAUAAUUUCAUGAAAUGUGUUGUUAUACAACUUCUUGCAAUAACAGUAAGGAAUAGUAUAAUAAAGCUACUAAACAUAUG